UGAACCGGUAGUGGUCCGCGGUGCGGCGUUUGAGAAACACUGGCCUAGGCCGUACCCAUCCAGAUAUUUUGUUAGUGCUGCCAUCAUAAGGGUGAAAUAUAAACGUCUUUGACCCAUGGUCAUAACACUCAAUUGAAGUCAUCCAUUUUCGCUCAAUGGCGCUAUAAUAUUUCUUAAAUCCAUUUAAUGGCCUGAAGCGGCCUCAAGUUUGAUCCGUGGCAAAAAAUAAGUAUGGCGUCUGGUUGCAAGAAUGGUGGAGGUGCAGCUCGUACGGUCAGCAGUGAACAAACAUGUGAAGAAUCAUCAGAAAGCGAUGGCGAAACCGAACCGGCUAAAUCGUUUCAUCGCAGAUUAUCGACGAAUAGGGAGAUCAAGCGUGCUGCGACGAUCAAGGAAGGCUUCUUGAUGAAGCAGACAUGGUCUUUCCAGCGUUGGAGGCGCCGCUACUUCAAGCUCAAGGGGCGCAAACUUUACUAUGCAAAAGACACCGAGGCUGUGAUCUUUGACGAGAUCGACCUGAGUGACCUGAGCUUCGCCGAGUGCAGCAUCAAGAACGUGAACCACAGCUUCCAGGUCAUCACCCCAUUCCGGCGACUAGUGAUGUGUGCGGAGUCACGCCGUGAGAUGGAAGCGUGGACCUCUGCAUUGAGGGCUGCAAGCAGCAGGGAGUACUAUGAGACUGGUGACUACCAAGACAUAGGGUUAGGGAAUCACCGCUGGUAUUCCACAUCACAUGCCCGACCAACAUACUGCAACGUGUGCAAGGAUGCACUUUCAGGUGUGGCAUCUCAUGGACUAAGCUGUGAAGUGUGCAAGUUUAAGGUGCAUAAGCGAUGUGCAGUCAAGGCCAUCAACAACUGCAAGUGGACCACCCUGGGCAGCAUUGGCAAGGAUAUCAUUGAGGAUGAGGAUCGGAACAUCACAAUGCCUCACCAGUGGAUGGAAGGGAACCUGCCUGUAUCUGCCAAGUGCGCUGUCUGUGAUAAAACCUGCGGCUCAGUGAUGAGGCUGCAGGAUUGGCGCUGUCUGUGGUGCAGAGCUACAGUUCACACUGCUUGUCGUCCAUUUCUCCCAAUCCGUUGCCCACUGGGUCCCUGCAGGGUCAGUGUUGUACCCCCGAUUGCCCUUCACAGGAGUGCAGGCAGUGAUGAACCAUGGGAAGCAGUGAGGCUGCAGAGCUGCUCUCCAUUGCUCGUAUUUGUGAAUUCCAAAUCAGGAGACAAUCAAGGCGUCAAGUUUCUGCGACGCUUCAAACAGCUCUUGAACCCAGCUCAAGUUUUUGACCUUAUUAGCAAUGGUCCAGGCCUUGGGUUGCGUCUUUUCCGACACUUUGAUCCAUUCCGCAUCCUGGUGUGCAGCGGGGAUGGUUCUGUAGGGUGGGUUCUGUCUGAAAUAGAUCGCCUCAACAUGCAUAAGCAGUGUCAGGUGGGUGUGCUUCCACUGGGAACAGGCAACGAUUUGGCUCGGGUUCUUGGAUGGGGCAGCUCAUGUGAUGAUGACACUCAUCUCCCACAGCUGCUCGAGAAGUAUGAGAAAGCCUGCACCAAAAUGCUUGACAGGUGGAGCAUCAUGGCAUUCGAGAAAAGCAUUAACAUUCCAACACGCAAGCCUUCUCAUGCAGACCCAUCUGUAUCUAUCACAGCUUAUGAGGACUCUGUGGUCUCGCACCUCACCAAGAUUCUGCAAUCUGACCAGCAUUCUGUUGUCAUUUCAUCUGCCAAAACUCUGUGUGAGGCAGUAAAGGACUUCAUCAUGCGUGCAGCAGAAGUGAGUCUUGGGCAGGGGGACCAGCAGUUUGGGGAUAAGUGCCAGGUGCUGAAGGAGAAGUUGGAUCUCCUCCUGCAGACACUCCAGUAUGAGUCUGGGUCCCUUCAGCAAGAGGAAGCCAGUUCUCUGCAGCAGGAAGAGCUCCAACAGGUUGAAGUUGAGGUAUUGCAGGAAGAGGCAGAGAAGGGUGUACUGGACAGGCCAGAGAAAUACCUGAGUGGCAGUCAUGAACUGAGAAAGUCAGAGUUUAUGCAACGGGAUGCCCUCAUGAGUCGGGCCAACAGCCUCAAGAAAGCUAUCCGACAGUUAGUGGAGCACACGGAACAGGCUGUGGAUGAGCAGAACAAGACACGUGCUGGCCCCUGCGUUAUUGUCACACCACCACCACCUGAUCAGCAUCAGCAGCGUAGGACCAGUAAGACACUAGACAUUCCAGGCCUGCCUAGGCCAACCAACACGCUCAAGGUAUUACCAACCAUAGAAUCUCUAUCCAGUACAGAAGCUAGUCCCUCUCUUUCUCCACUGGCACUUUCACAUUCUUCUUCACCCGACAUCACACCUUUCUCAAAUCUACUCACAGCCAUUUCACCACUGCCAGACAUGCGCCGUGACUCAGGCUGUAGCGAAGACCUCCUCACCUUGCCUGUUCCUGUUGAGUUUGCAGAUGAGGAGGCUAGGCGUCGCAGUCUUGUCCCCUCUGAAGAUGAUACUUGUUCCCCCACUUUUACACCCUCAGAUGUAGAACUGCAGGAUCUUGCCAUGACACCUGCUAAACCAAUGCAAAGAUUCCUCUCACCUCCUGAUGAUCUCAUUCAAGUGAUCCCUGAUGUGGGAGAUGAGGCAAAACGUAUCCUGUCCUGCAAGGAAGAAAAGAACAAGGGGAAUCUCCUUGCUGCUGAGGAAAGUGUCCAUAAGAGUUUUGAUGAACAAUUACAGAAAGCUGUUAGCCAACUGCACGUAAACUUAAGUGUUGAUGCGAGUGAUAGUGGAUCAGCAGCUCUCUCCUCACCACAAGAUGUUCAGGGCGAAGCCCCCCAAAUGGACUUGUUAAUUAUUUCAGAUAUCAAGGAAACAAGACGAUCUUCCACUGUAAGUUUGAAGGACAUGGAGAAAGACAUGUCCCACAUAGACUCUCCAGAAGCAGUGGAGCCAGAGCAGGAGGAUGAAGACAUGAUCUCAGGGUUACAUGUAAUAAAUCCAGACCACAGUGAGGCUGUAAAUAUGCAGGGUGAACUUGCCAUGGCAGGGCGUGUGGAUGUAAGUGAGAUACCAAUCACACCAUCAUCUACUGAAGAUGUUUCUCCUAUGUCGCCCAAGGACCACUCUGAUUCCGAAGAGGAAGAAGAAGGCAAACAAGUUGUGAAAGGUUGCAGUUUGGCUCAUUUUGAGGAGGGCAAUGACAUUGCACGACGAUCAUUCUACAGGCAGAUCAGAUCUGGAGUUGGAAGAAAGAAAAGAACUGCAACAGGCAAAUUACCAUUGGUUCAACACAGUGAGGCCUUAACAGAACAUGACGAGUACCUAAAUGUUGUUAAAGUCCAAAUUCAAGGAUCAAACAAUAACCUGAGUGCUGAGGCAGCUUCCACACCUGAUUCUGCUCUGGGAUCACACAGACCAAGCCUUGUGGCAUCUGAGGCAGAUGAUGAAGAGUUAUACCAGUAUCAUAUACAGGCAAAGCAGAGGGAAGCACUGGCUGCAAGACACAUCAAGAUACCAGUGAAAGCAUUCCCUCCUAUGAUCAGUGUGAUUGUGGACCCUCCGUCACCAGUGAUGUCAGAUGAUGGAGAUGAUAUGUUACUGAGAUUCAGUGAGGACACCAUGAACAGAUUGUCAGUAAUGUCCCCCACGUCAGGAUUGAACUGCUCUCCUGCAGCCACCCGACGAAUCUCAAGUGGAUCUCUGCUGAAGGCCCCAGAUGCUGUGAUAGCAGCUGGUACCAAGGCUGCUUCGGGGCGGAGCAGGUCACGCAGCCUUGAGAAAGACAGCCGCUUUGAGGAAAGGUCACCAACUAAGAGGCUCCCUAUCAUUAACCCUCUUGUCCGGUCGCCAAUGUGGCCAAAUGUGAGUGCAGGUGCGGGUCUUGUGAGCAAGGUACUGCUUGCCAAUGCUGAUGCACUUUGUGCUGCUGCCUCACCCUUGAUGGAUCCUGAUGAGACACUGCUAGAAGGGUACUAUGAGCGUGCAGUGAUGAACAACUACUUCGGAAUUGGUAUUGAUGCCAAGAUCUCACUUGAUUUCCAUCAGAAGCGAGAGGAACAUCCUGAGAAAUGCCGCUCCCGAGCCAAGAACUAUAUGUGGUAUGGUGUGCUGGGGAGCAAGGAAUGGUUGCAGAAAACAUACAAGAACUUGGAACAACGGGUACAGUUGGAGUGCGAUGGACAACGAAUUCCUCUGCCCUCUCUGCAGGGUAUCGUCAUUUUGAACAUUCCAAGUUUCAUGGGGGGGACCAAUUUUUGGGGUGGUACUAAGGAAGAUGACUGUUUCCUUGCACCAAGUUUUGAUGACCGUAUUCUUGAAGUAGUUGCUGUGUUCGGCUCUGUACAGAUGGCAGCAUCACGCCUUAUCAACCUGCAGCACCAUCGCAUUGCCCAGUGCCAAACUGUCCAAAUCACAAUUCUUGGAGAAGAGGGUGUUCCAAUCCAGGUUGAUGGGGAAGCAUGGGUACAACCACCAGGCAUGAUUCGCAUCAUCCACAAGAACCGCAUGCAGAUGUUGUGCCGCAACAAGGCCUUAGAGACAUCACUGCGUGCAUGGGAGGAGAAGCAGCGUCACCAGCAGUCACUGUUACACUCUCAGAGCAGUUUAGGGGGUAAGCUGCUGCUGCUGUCCCCAUUCAUUGAAGAAGAGAAGCAACAGCUCCUGGGCUUCAUUGAAUCUGUCACCACUCUCGUCAAGUAUGUGAAGCUGCUCACCAUCACACAUCCAACAAUUGAAGUAGAGCUAUACCAGCUGGCAGCAGAGACUGCUGCUAACCUUGAGAAGGUGCAUCCAGGUGGAAAAAUUCUUGAAGGGCCAAACCUACGACCACAGGUGACAGAGCUGGUGGCCAGCACACGUCAGCUGUAUGAGGAAACGUGCAACUUGUUGCGUGAAAAGGCACAUAACCUUAGGCUGAGAGAGGAUCUGGAAGGCAAACUGAGUGCAGCUCUGUGCAACAUAGAGAUGGAACUACGCAAAUGUGUGACAUAUGACAGUGCAGGUCUUGUGCAAUUCCAGCAGCCUGUGUCUGAAGAGCAGGGUUGCAGUGAACGGAAGGGCCGUGCUCGUGGACUGUCCUGGCUGAAGUUUCGUCGUGGCGGUGGAGGUAGCAGCAGAACUGCACGUGACGUUGCCACUUGGGGUGUAACUGAGGUGGCAACAUGGCUGGAAACACUCCAGUUGUCAGAGUAUGCAGAAAGCUUUACAUGUCAUGACAUACGUGGACGCGAACUCCUGACUUUAGGACGCCGUGACCUGAAGGAACUUGGUGUCACCAAGGUUGGACAUGUGAAGAGGAUACUGCAGGCUGUCAAGGACCUCACCAUGUGAUCCAAGAGUGUGUAAGCGAGGCUCUCACACCUUGCUUACACUGACCAACCACAAGCAGGAGCUAGGUUCAGGUUCAUGUUAGCAAAUAGGUGAAUUAGUGCUGGGAACAUGGAGCCUUGAAACAAUAGAGUCAAGUGUAUGUAAAAUCAAAACAGAGAUAUAGGAAGCCCAGUUUUGCAGGUAAAAGUGCUGUCUCCACCUUAUUUGAGCACAGUCCUGUCUCUCACUUAUUUGGUAGUGUUUUCACUAGUUCAGUUAAUGCAUUUUGGUACAGAACUCUCGUUUGUGGGUUGAAAACUCUCCUAUGACAAACACCCACAGCAUAAGCAAUAAUGUCCAAAAGAUGCUGCUCCAUCAGCAACUGGAGUUUUAUAGCUGAACCUGUUUCUUUUAUGCAGUAUAAAUGACCACUGUGCAAUAAUUCUGGUGGUUAGAUGCCCCUUUCUCACUGCAGAGGUCUGGGUUCAGUACCAUGUGAGAUUUUUGAUGGAGAAGGUGACUUUGUAACUGAUGUUUCCCCAAGUGCCAUCAGUCACCAUUCCAUCAGUUCUCCCUGAAGUGUGUGACAGGCUAGACCAGCCAGUAUAUUAUCACAACUGGCAUUUGGCUAAAUCCAGGUUAAGGAAGUGUACAGCCCACUGGUAAGUGAAAGGUACUGGACAGAGAAAUCAAGAUGGUCAAGCUAGCUUGCAGCAAGGCCAGUGAUAAUGUACCUGUGUUAGUGUCAGACUGUAGUCUGUCAGGCUGUGCCAUGUUUCAUCAUUUUAAUUGUACAGAGAGCAGUAUUUAGGACAUUCAAAAUGACACAUUGUCAGUACAACUGGGAAGACACGCGUGGCAGCUUAACCUCCAGUGUUCUUCCUGUGCCUUGAAUUUAUUUUAAUGUGUUCGGCACAUUUUUUAAAUGUGUUUCCAGUUGUGCUCAUCUGAAGCUGAAAAGUCAUGGCAUUUAUACAAUACUUAACACUGGAAAAUAGCCAAUUGUACCGCUAAUGGUUGGGCCACAGGGUCUCAUUAUAUCUAACUAUGGAUGAUGAAGUUUGAAAGUUAUGAUUUAUGAUGAGACAUCAUAGCACUCAGUGACUGAUGUUGCAGAGAAGGAAGGGGUGCCAGCAUUACUUUUUGUGUUAUUAAACUGUUUACUUGUGCAAUCAAGAUUCAGUUUGUCAUUGUGUUCCUGUAAGAUAAUAGAUUAAGGAAUUUUUAUCACUGUGGGGACCAAAUUAUUAAUGGAUAAGAAGUAAUGUCUUGUUUGAAUUGUUGGAAGUUGGCAUUCUUUCUUGAAACAAUGUACAAACUCUAGUCAGUGAGUAUCUCGAAUGUGAUUAAAAAAAGUCGUUUACACAUGGGGCCUACUGUCAACAAUAUAUUCCCGAUAUUUGUUGUUGUUUCUCCCAUUGUCGUGCUCUUGCAAAGCAAUACUUCCUGCCCCACCUGCUGACAGCCACACUUGGCCUUAUACUGUUAAACCUGUUUUCCUGUUGUUAUAUCUUUAAAAAGAAUCUGUUUUUUACUAGUGAUGUGUGUUAGAACAACUUUUCUAACUUGUUGCAUUGUUACAAGUUGUCUUCUGUCUUGCAUAUGCAAGGCAUUUGUUGUUCAUAUCCCAUGCACCAACCCACACCUUGUUAUCGCCUCACUAUUGACAUGCAGUACUUACUAUCAGAGCAGUUUGUUUGAAAAUGUAUUUAUACUUCUUUGAAGACAGAACAAAUUAAUUUAUAUGAUGUCUUAUAAUUUUGGCAGAUUUCUGCUGCAUUGGUUCAUGAAUUGUAAAGAUCAUAUGUAAUUCCGUAGACUUAAGAUAUGUCAUGUUUGACUGCAAGCUACAGAGUUAUCAACCCUGGUUAUUUCAUUCAAGCUUGAUAAGAGGAGACAGUCUAUAGAAAUAAGUGUAUGUAUUUUUUGGAACUAAUUUUUCUUCCAUCAGAAGUAUAAGGGAUUUAUGAUGGCUGCAUCAUGGUGGCUCAAACAGCUUGAUUUUUAUGCCAAAUUUUAUUAACCUUUAUCAGCUGUGCAUAACACUAUUGUACCAGUGCAUGUGCAUGUUCAGGAGGCUGGCCAUUGCAUUUUUUUCAAUUCUCAUACUCAUACCUCCAAGUCAAUGCAUGGCCAAUGCUUCAUUGUACCAGGAGAUUUAACGUCCCCCAUUUUGAGGCAGUAAAGGUUAAACUUGACUAAAUGGUAGGGGAUGAUGAGUUAUAAAAUAUUUACAAGUAAUUACAGUAACUGUUAAUUCUGUAACAUAUAUCUUAACUUCAGUUUCAAUAUCAUAAUGUUUAUCUCAUGUAGUUCUAUGGCCAUUGUUGAAAUAACAUUCCAUGGAAAUCCCACGUCAUAAUUGUUUUGUGCACCUAUAUUAAAAUUUCAGGUAUUUAUGAAUGCCAAAGAAAACUUGAGAAAGUACAAAAAUAUAUCAGUCAUCUUCUCCUCACUAUUUAUUAGAUUUCAUAGCAGUGUGAAUUGAGUGAUGGUUGAGAGAAAAGAACAGAUAUUAUGAAGUAAACUCGGUAAAUAUUGAAACUAUAUGCGAAAAUAAUCUUGUGACAAAACCAAUUAACUGUGGUUAGCAAUGAUGAUAAUCUGUAUGUCCUACCACUUUUUCUCUUAUGUUCACUGGUGCUAGUUAUUUAAAAUUAUGUUUAUUUGUGUAUAUCAUGCUUUGCUGAAGUGCAUCGGAUUCAAUUUUGAGGUGAAGUACAGUUGAUCUGCUCUUGAAGGGAUGAAUGCCAUUCUAGCCUUAAGUCUAUUUUGAAACAAAUCUCUAUGACCACUUUUCUGCAAUAACAAUUACUUGAACAAGUUUUCUCUAUCUGUAAGAAACUUUUUGUAAUGGCAUAUAUAAAUUCAACCCAUCUUUUCCUGGGACCAUGGUUGCGUAUGCAAACUUUUCCUGUUGAAAGAAAUAUUUUUGGAGCUGUGGUUACUAAAAACACGUUUCUUUUAUUCCUAUAGCUUAUUCAGGUUUCCCGUCAUGGUCACCUGUCAGUGUCUCGUUAUUAAAGGGAAAUUAUUUUGAUCACAAUGCUCCCACCAUGUAGCAUCAAAAUUCAACAUUGCAAGGAUAAAACUGUUGACAUAUUAUAUGGCUGAUGUUCGUGAUAUUAAUAUAUGUUGGAAUGAUCUACCUCUCUGUGGUGUAUGUAUGUUAUGUUACGUUACAGAAAACUGAUUUUUAAAAUAAGGCAUAUACUGCCUCUUUUUUCAUGUUUUUUUUUUUUUUGUAUGUGUGAAAUAGAGGGGCUGGGCAUUUUGAAUCACAUCUAACUCUGAAGUGCAGUGAACUCUAUACACUGUUCAUUGAUAUGCUGAUAAAAAUAUAUAUUUGUGAGCACUGAUUUUAUAUUAAACAGAGUGAAACCCACAGAAUUCUGCAGUUCUCAGAGGAAAGCCCACAGAGGUCUUGUAAGAUGCCUCAGAUCUACAUGGACAUGUGUAUUCUGAUCCUCCACAAUUAGUCUAUAAUACAAGUCACUUAAACAUAGUGACAGUAACAAUAAUUUGCCCAUUCCUGACUGACUGUUAUCUCCUAAUGUUGUAUCUAUAGAGGUAAUCAAUCUCAGCAGAUAUUGAUAGGAAAUUGUAGAAUGAACAUGUUCACUGCUCACUGAAUUAUUAUAAUUAAUAUUAUUAUUACAACAACUGAUUGAUAUGUUGAUGAAAUAGAUCGGACCUGAACAUUGACUAUUUUUGACCAUUCUACAGAUGUUCACUGAGAGUGAUUUUGGUUAGGCCCAAGUGGUCUGUAUUUCCCUGUGGUUUAAAUAUGAGGAACUCUUCUGUAUUUUCUACCAGAAGCUUUGAUACACUUCCUCAUUUCUAGAGUCCCCCAUGGCUCAUCUUAUUUCAUGUUCUUAUACAGUAAUAACAAACAGUAACAGGCAGUCGUGUGCUCCAUGUUUGUCAGCAUGUUUACAGAUGGAAAAUUCAGACCUUAUACAAUGGCUUUAUUCAGUCUAGUAUACUUGUACAUCAUCAGAUACAACCUCCAUAUGUAGCAUAUUAACAUGAUGCCUGAGAGUGUUUAUGUGUACAUUGAUCUUAGACUUGAAGCACGCAAGAUUGGCUGCUGAGUGCUCUGCCCAUGCAGAAUAUAUUUGGCAGCAUGUAUGUUGUAUUCUUUAGACAUUUAAUGAAGAGCCAAGAGUUUGAACAUUGGCUUCAAUUUUUUAUUAUGAUAGUUCAACAAAGCUAGAGAAAAGUUUAUGUUAAUACUUGAUUACUGUCUUGAAAUAUUGGCUUUAUGAUGCUAAGUUUUAAUUCUGUGGGAAUCAUCCUUGUCUUAUUCAUUGCACUACAGAGUGAAUGGGUAUGUGCUUGUGUCUAAGUGUCAGAUGUACAGUUCCUGUCUCAAAUGAGCAUAGUAACUCUUAUAUCCAGCACAUUUGCUCUUCAAGACUUGUAUCAUGAUUUAACAAGAAAUGCCUAUCCCCAGACACAAAGUUUUCUUCUUUUCAAAAUUGUUAGAUGUUGGCAGGAGCAAAGUUUUAUACAUUUCUCUUUCCUGUGAUGAUGAAACCUCUCCACCAUGUUGAUGUUCUGAAGUAUUCUUCCCUUAGCAAUAUUACUGUCACACCUUGUCCUCCUGGGUAGUGGCUCUCACAUUAUGAAGAGGAGGCAUUGUGACAUGAACCAAAAUUCAGGUUCAGAAUGUGAAGCAACAGACUUCUUCAAUCUCAUAGUCUGCAGGUGUGUGCAUUCAGGGUGUAAUUAAUUUAUAACUGUACAGAAUAUAGGGUAUAUGAUUUUGACUCCCUGGGCAGUCAAUAGGUUUUCUUUGUUAUGAUGAAACCUGCAGCUUCACCAUCAUCACCAUAAAAACUUGCUGCUGGACACUGUCCUGAGGGAGUUAAGGCCAUCUGAUAUGCUGUUUGAAGAAUGCUGUCAUCUUGGAUGACACUUGAUGUCAUCUGAUUGGUGUUUACUGAUGUUUCUGGGGAUUUUACUACCUCCAUAUUCGGGGUUGAAGAGUAAGUUGUACAUGGAAGGAGCAAGUAGGGGAACACGACUCUCUGCUUGCUGUCAAGGCUAACUCUUUGAAAAUGCAGAACAAUUGGGGCAUGUGGCAUGCAUGAAAGAGUUGAAAAGUGCAUAUAAAAUUUCACUGAAAGAACCUGAAGAGAACAUUCUGAGGCCUGUCUGAGCAUAAUAUUAAAUUUGACUUGAGGAAAAAUGGCGUUUGAUGAUGAUGACUGGAUUGGCCUAGCUCAGGACAGGGUCAAUUGGCAGGUUUUUAUGUAUAUGAUAAUGAACCUUUGGGUCCUGUAAAAGGGAAUUUCCUUUAUUAUUAGUUGGCCACUAUUGACUUCUCAUGAACUCUCCUUCAUAGAGAUAGUUAUAUAUUCCUGAGAAUUUGAAAAGAAUUAAGCCUGAAACUAAUCACAGAUACCAUUACAAGAACUAUCAAGCAACAUCAUGUUGAGAUGAUGUUAUACAUACAACAAACCAGCUGCAUACAUUAGUGUAUAUUAGGUAUAUAUUACAUGUAUACUAUUCAUGUAAUACAAUUUGUCAAAGAGAUAAGUGGGAUAUGAUUAUCUCCCACAGUCCAGAAAACUUUCUGGUUCAGCUGUGGUCAGUUCCCAAGUUCACCAGAUUAAACAGUUUAACUGUGACAGCUAGAAUAAAUGUAGAAUUUCUGUUCUAAAUUUCUGAACAUGCCUUGAAUGCAAAUUGUGGAAGCCACUGCAGAUUUAGUGCCAUUGCACAAACAGAUGAGAAAUGUCAGAUGUGUAUAUAUAUAUAUAUAUAUAUUUGAUCACUCCUCUUCUCCUUCACCCUUCCUUUCAUGGGAGAUUUUAACAACUAUUUACGCUUAUUAAUGAAAAAUAUAAUAACUAUUUAAUAUUUCUGACUUUUUCAUUGGGCCACCAUUGUCCAGAAAUGUUGUAUCUCUGUAUAUUCAUGUUUGUUACUUCAACUGUAUUACUCAUAUGUAGCAGUGAGAGUGUGUGAGUGUAAGUUAUCUAUUAGAGUGUACAGAAUGAUUUUCCCACCUGUGGGGUGGGGGCCUGUAGAAUUUCAUUGUUAGGACAAGGGUGCUUACUAUGGUGAGUGUUUCUGGGCACUUUAAUCCAUGUCAUGCAGUUCGUAGUACAAGCUCCUGGUUCCUUUGUUGCUGUGACAGUGGAGGUAUAAAUUUGUUAAACUUUUCACGGGGUUUAGGUCUUCAUUCUGCAUAUCAGUUCUUCCAUCACUGUUACCCCUUAGCCCUCUUAUUCAAAUGACUUCACAGACUUGUCAUGGUUUCAGAUAUAAGCUUCCUGAACAUAAUCACAGUUCUCUAUGGCACUUCUUAUCAUAUCAGUACAUAAAGCCCUCUACAGUACUUGCCACUUUUAAUAGAACCAUAUGUCUCUGUAUGCAGUUUUUGUAACCAGUAAAUUGUCUAGUAAUACAACCCUAAGGUUUAUCAUAAGAAGCCAUCAUUAUACCUUAUUCUUGUUCAAUUCAGUCCAGUUAUCUGUUUACACCAUAUUUCCCAGAGACACAUCUCCCAUAUGUACCUUGGUCUCAGAAAUUCUUUCUUGUUUUUGCUGCUAUGUCCAAUUCAAUUCUGGGAACUACCCAACCUCCUCCAAAAUGGAUACUGGGGUUUGAAGUUUGACCUCCAUCUAAAACUCGGGCUAAGAAUGCAUGGCACUGUGCCUCCACUUCCUCUCUUAUGGUGUGGUGCUUAGGCACAGGGAAAACUUUAUUUUUUCCUUCUCAGUUCCACUUAAUUUAACCACUCUUACAACAGUGUCAAGGUUAUAAAAUGUGGAGCCUAUAAUUUUGUAGUUUUCAUUAACUGCAUACAGAGGUAUAAGGUAAUUAUUAAAAGUGGCAUAUGCUGCUAAAGACUUUGUCUGGCAUUAAACUACAAAUAAGUAAAUACCAUUUAAACAUUUUAAGUAUUUAGGUCUUAGUAUUUUCAGCUGUGCUUUGUUUUUAAAAAGUCCUCAAUUCUUGUCUUCCCUCACAGUGAAAGAAUUUUGCACAUGUAAAAUAUAGUGGAAUUGUUUUAUAUAUAAGUAUUUUAAUAUUUGCUAUUCUUAUCAUGGAGAUCAUUUUCACAUGUUAAUGUCAUUCAUGAAUACUUGAACAGUGCUAUGUGUUUAUGAGACAUAAGAAAUUAUAUGGUGUGUUCACAAGAUACUAAAUACUGCAGAUUAGUGAUGUCAAAGUAACUGUGCAGUGUGGCCAUCUUGUUCCUUUGUGUUUUCUUGUACUGUUAGGAAAUGAUUGGAACCAGGUGCUUGUAAUGUUAUUUCAUUCUAGAUUAGUAUAUUGUUUCUCUGUCAUGUGGACCAAGCAAAUCACUAUACAUUUAUGUUGACAUGUUAUUAAUUAAAUGUGUAAACACAGUGCCAGUUUGCUGUAAGUUUGAACUAAAGAAAAAAGUUGCUAAUUGGACAGAUGCACCUGUUAUUAUUGUCCCAGCAUCUGAAGACUGAUGUUGUUGGGCAACGUGACCUUACAUGAAAUUGAAUAGGGGAUGCAUGUCUUGACAAUCACAGCAUAGAUGGUGGUCAUUUUUAUUAUCUGGCUUAAAGUAAAGCCAACAUUGUGUUUGCAAUGCUGUCUGUGAUCCAUGUUUCUUAGAAAAUAUUCUGCAGCUAAUUACAUACAAUUCUAUGUUUAAUAGUUUGCAUUAUCUUAACACAAUUAAAUACAACUUGCAGCAAUCGAAUGAAACGCAAGAACUUCUCUUAUGUACAGUAUUUUAUUACCUUAUUUGCAAAUAACAUAGGUCAGUGACUAGACAUGAGCUGGAUGACCAGAAUUUUACUUCAGGAAAGAGCAUGCAAUUUCUAAGAUUGUGGUCUUCUAGGCUGUGGUAGCCAUGUAGUCUGGUAGAAGGGUUCCAAAGCCUACUGUCUCCAUCUGUGAAAGCCCCGUAUUUAAUGCAAUUUUUGUUUUCAUAAUCAUACCUGGAAUGCCCCUAGGCCCAUCCAGCUUUCUGUCAAAUUGGUAUCUGUGUUAAAACAGCAUAAUUGUAAACAAAGUUGCUUUAAAUACAGAAGUGUGUAAAGUGUUA